AUUUUCGGGCACUCUAAAAUUUUUCACUACGUCGUUCGGACGCGUCUCCGUAUUUAAUUUUUAGGAUAGUUUAUGUUUAUAGGCGAGUUAAUUGAAUAUCUGCCCUGAGCAGAGGAGAAGGUGAAACAGCCGCCUGCCCUGCUUUGUGUGUUUGUCUUGUACUCACUUAUCGUAGAGCCGCGCGUCCCUCGCUCUUUCUUUUUCUCUUUUAACUGAAUUGUGAAACGUAAAACGCUAAAUAGUUCAUUUAAUAUUGCUGUUCUCGCACAACAAAUCACCAGUCCAAACAGCCAGCAGCAAUUUAUAUAAUAUUGGAAAAAUACAGAAAAGUAAAACAAAACGCUCACACGGACUGCCAAAUUGAUAGGCGGAGAAUGUGUGUGUGUGUGUCUAUCAACGAGAUCGAAUAGCGAAAUGCAAAAGCGUUUUUCAAUUGAAAAGCGGGCGACAGGAAAGUGAAAAUUAACGCGGUUUACGACGCAUUUGCAUUCGGAACGAAUUCAGUGAAAACCAGUGAAAAUGUCGAGUGCAGAAGACGGCGAACUGGAUCCGCAAAUUCAGAUUGAACUGGAGAAUCUCAAUAGUGCAACCGACGAGAUUAACAAAUUAGAAAUUGAACUAGAGGAGGCCAAUUCGACAUUUCGCAUUCUGCUAAAUGAGUCUACGCGCCGCCUGAAGUUGUCCUCCAAGAAGUUGGGCAACUGCAUUGAAAAAGCUCGACCUUAUUAUGAGGCUUUGGACAAGGCACGUGAGGCUCAAAUCGAAUGUCAGAAGGCGGCAGUUAAGUUCCAAAGAGCUAAUGAAAUCCAUGCCGCGGCUAAGGAAACGGUGGCGCUAGCCGAGCAGCGUUUCAUGUCCAACUCACACGAGUGGCAGUUCGACAAUGCUUGGCAGGAGAUGCUCAACCAUGCCACCCAAAAGGUAAUGGAUGCUGAGACCCAGAAAGCCGACUGUCACGCAGAACAUCAGAGGCGCACCAAGCUCUUCAACACGGCCGAGCAAAAGUUACAGCAGCUGGAGGAUCGCUUCCGGCGAAGCAUUAACAAGUCGCGUCCGUACUUCGAGGAGAAGCAGGUUUGCCAGGAUCAGCUGCAGACGCAAAAGAAUCGCAUCCAAGAGCUGCAGCAGCAGGUCGCGGGUGCCAAGAGCACUUACUCCACGGCGUUGCGCAAUCUGGAGAGGAUCAGCGAGGAUAUACACAGACAGAGGGGAGACUUUCCCACUCCGCCAGGACCCCGCGAGCCGGGUGUGGGAGCGGAGCUAAACUCGCCGACUUCCAGUGCCUUGCCAUCGUUGCCGGACUUCCAGCUGGAGCUGGAGAAGUGCGACUAUCCCUCCAUAGCAGGCAGUCAGAUGUCCUUGGGUGCUAAGACACCUCAAGCAUCUGUCGAAACUGAAGACGAGGAGGAUGCCUGCGACUACGAUGAAACGGGAGCUGGAGAACUCAGAGGCGUGGUGGAUGAACGGGAUUUGGAGGCUCUACGCCAGAAGGUCAAGAUCCUGGCAGUGCGUCCCAUUGAGGGUGGCGAUGGUCAGCAGCAGAAUGAUGUAUGGGAGCAUGAGCUAAAGGCCACGGUGGACAAACUGGAUCACUUGAUGAUGCUCAAGGAAACAGCAAAGAGGCAGGAAACGAACCGCUUGAAGUCCACCGAGCAGCGACCCGAUUCGCUGGGCGCCGAGGCCCUGAAACGCCACAGUGAUGAGGUGGAGGUAAAGAUUACUACCUGUGCCGCCGCCGCCAGCUUGCCAGUCACACCCCACCAUCAGCCGAAUCACCUUGCACCGCCCACGCCCAUCAAGAAGCUGCAGCAGCAGUUGGCCCCCUUGCCCUCGGUGAACGUCUCCAUGCGGGAGUUGCCCCUGCUGGCUAGGCUUUCUAACGAGCUCCUCGAUCGCAGCAGUGCUGCCUUCGGAGGAGUGCGCAAGCAGUUACGCAGGCGCUCCCUGGAAUAGUGAGCGGCUUGGGGGGCGGAGGAAACUUUCGCAGCCAGCCCCAUAUCAGAUUUGUUUAUAUUAAAUGAAUAAUGAAAAUUAAUUGUAAAACGUUAAACGCCGCAUUUAAAUGUGCACCACUCUCAAUAAGUCUACACCUACAUGAUAUAAAAAAAACAAAACCAUCUAUUUUCGUAUAAAUGUUGAUUACAUUCUAAUCUAAUGUCUCCGUACUUGUUUCUCACUGUUAAUACUUUAACUAUGUAAAUGUUUUGUGAUUCGAGAGAGCGAAAAGAAAAGGAUUGAUUGAUAUGCAAACAAUAAGCAGCUUUAAGUUAAUGUUUAAACCCUAAACUAAUAAAACAAGCAGACUCACUAAUUUAAAUCAAAUGGGCACAUGCACUAAAUAGUUUAGCCUAAAAAUACCACGAAAAUGUAAUUUGGAAUAAAAACAAGUGUCGAAAUGUAACGAAUUCAAUUAGAUAAUUAAGUGAAGAACUCUCAAAGCAAAGUGGAGUGGUCCAGAGAUAUGGUCGGUGCCCCUAAGUAAGGGAACGAAAGAAAAGUAUUUGCAACAGGAUAAAUAAUAGUGAAACUGGAAUAAUAAUAAAGUUGCAUUAAAUUUCAA